AUGCUCUCCCGGUUGCUUCGAGUACUGAGUGGCCCUGAAAGGCCAUUGUCGACUCAAGGGUGUGGUGUUUAUGAAAAGUAUUACCGAGACGAGUUUCUUGAAGUUAUCUACAACAAAGUGUUGGAAUUUAUAUGGAAGAAUUUACGUUUGGAAAUUGGAGGAACAGAAAUUCAAGAAGAAUAUGUACUAGAAGCGUUUACGGGCUUGCGCAGUUAUAAGUUGUCAAGAGACGGCAUAUUUCUUACUGUACGUAAAGGUUGUGAUGUAGUAAUGGAAAUGGGGAAGUACAUGACUGCGAAAACGGAGUUUAUAUAA